GUCGUCGGAGAGUGAGAGAGAACGUGCGUCGCGUCUGGCUAACCUGUAAAUGCCGGCAGUCACAUUAGGCGGAUCCCCGCAAGUGGUAUACUGGCCUCAUGCUUCCAGCAGUUGAUGCCGUGGUGUCGUACUGGUGUGGUACAUUGAGCAACAAGUGAUUGGUUUUUUUUUGGUAAUUUUAAUCGAGGUGCCGUUCCAUAAGACUCAGAGACAGGAGAUUCAAUAAGGCAUAAAAGAUGGAUGAGGAAAUUUUUAAGGAUAUGCCCUCAGGUCCGUUGGACCAUUACAGGAAACAGGCGGGAUUCUGCUGGAAACAAAUGAAGAAAUUCAUCGAGGAUCCGGAACUGUUAAAAAUAAAGUUGCACGUGUGGAAAACGUUAGAAAGGGAUCCGGCUUUCGAAAGGCCGGUGGAGGCGUUGAGCACGGAGGAGAUGAAAAGACGGACGGCGAUACAAUUGAACAAAUAUUGCCAGUACAACUUUCUACCACCUGAAAUUGCCAAUCUGCCUUACAAAAGAAAGACAAGGUUUAUGAUGACAGUGAACGAAGCUCUGGCGGUAACUUAUCCUGAUGUGUCCGUCAAGCACGCGAUAGGCAUUGGUUUAUUUAAAAAUACUUUGACCACUUUAGGAACAGAACGGCAUCAAGCAAUGUUAGAUGCCGCAUGGAACAACAAGAUUUUAGCAUGUUUGGCGUUGACUGAAGUGGCCCACGGUAGCAACACGAAGCAGAUGCGCACAACAGCAACCUACGACCCCAGCACCGAAGAGUUCGUAAUACACACGCCCGAUUUUGAGGCGGCGAAAUGCUGGGUGGGCAACUUAGGAAAAACGUGCACGAUCGCCCUGUUGUUCGCUCAGCUGUACACCAAAGACCAGUGUCACGGUUUGCACGCGUUCAUCGUACCCGUGCGAGAUCCCAAGACGUUGAACCCUUAUCCGGGCAUCGUCGUGGGCGAUAUGGGUGAGAAAAUCGGCCUGCACGGCAUCGACAAUGGUUUCAUUCUGUUCAACAACUACAGGAUACCGAGGACGUACCUGCUGAAUAAAACGGCGGACGUGACGCCCGAGGGCGAGUACGAGAGCAAGUUCUCAGAUCCCGGCAAGAUACUGGGCGCCGUUUUGGAGAAUUUGUCCACCGGACGGGUCGGUAUAAUGCAAGAGUCGUCGAAUAAUAUAAUUUGCGCCGUGACCAUAGCUCUGAGAUACGCCGCCGUUAGAAAACAAUUUGCACCGAACGGUGACGGAAACUUAAAUAAAAACGAACUUCCAAUCAUUGAGUAUCAGUUACACCAAUGGAGGUUGUUCCCUCAUUUGGCAGCGGCUACCGUUCUGAGGAUAUUCAUCAACUGCUUCACGGACACUUUCCUGUCUGUGAUAGAACAAUCGACGUCCUCCUCUAAAAUCGAAGAAGUGAGUGACAUGGUGUCCGAAAUACACUCGAUAGUCUCCAGCGCUAAGCCACUUAUGACCUGGUCGUGCAGGGAUGCGAUUCAGGAGUGUCGUGAAGCUUGUGGAGGACACGGUUAUCUUAAAGCUUCCCGUUUGGGUGACUUGAGAUGUACCAACGAUCCUUGCGUCACCUAUGAAGGAGACAACAACGUGCUGGUACAACAGAGUAGUAACUGGCUGUUGAGGCAAUGGCAGACUUACUGCCAGGAUGGUAAAAUAGCCAGUCCAUUAAAGAGUUGCGACUUCCUAAGAAACGAGGAGAGGAUCCCGAAAAAAUUCAGGGCGUCGGGUCCUGAACAGUUACUGUCAGUUCAUUUCAUAUCCCAGUGUUACGAGUGGCUCAUAAUCUACUUAAUAAAAUCAACAGAAAAGAAACAGAAAGACGUCUUAUCUAGAACCAAUUGUAAAUUCACGGCCAGAAAUGAAUCUCAGGUAUACCUUGCGGCCGUAUUGUCCAGAACCUACAUGGAAUACAACGCGUUGCGCUACUUCUGGAAUUAUAUUUCCAAAGCGCCUCGAAGUUUGUCCACAACGUUGUACAAUUUAGGGUAUCUGUAUGCCUUGUACUGUUUAGAUAAGCACCUGGUUUACUUUUACGAAGGCGGUUACACGAACGGACCGGAGUUCGCACGUUACGUCCGUGAGAACAUUUUGAGUUUGUGUGCGAAAAUUAAGCCGGACGCUUUGGGCGUUAUCGAUGCGCUGGCGCCGCCCGAUUUUGUCGUCAACUCCGUUUUGGGCAAAUCCGAUGGAAAGUUGUAUGAAAAUUUGAAGGAGAUUUUAUUCGAAAAUCCCAGUGCGAGGUCCAGGCCGUCUUGGUGGUCGGAAAUAAUAAUACCAAAUGCUCCAGAUUUUGUACAUACUAAGAGUAAACUGUAAAAUAUUGUGCCUUUAUGUAUUUUCAACAGGAUCUGUCACGGGUAAUAUUCUAAAAAAGUAAUACAAAUUCACAAGAGUAAAUAACAAAUGUGCACGUUUGUUGUUAGCAAUAUCUAUUUAUUGUAUGUUUGAUUGUUAAAACUUUAUUGUUGUUUCCAUGUUUUAAAUUUUAUCGAUUAUUUUCAUCUGGAUGUCUUCGUAUAUGAAUCAAGUAUUUUGUAAACACGAUUAAUUGAAACCAAGUAUUAUUUUUAUAAUGUGUAUUAUACAAAAAUAAAUGUAUUAUUUACAUUGA